AUGUGCGAGCUGCUUUUGUUGUUUAUAUCUAAGUAUCAUGACACAGAAAUGUGUAUGCGAACUCUUCAACAAAGAUUGCAUGACAUGGGGCUGAAGCGAAGAAAUGUUUUGAACAAUAUACAGGAAGUACGUAGAGAAAUAAUCAACAACUUGAAUGGACCAGGAUGUUCAGGUGGAUAUCGAUCACACUGGCACUCCCUCAGGUUGAAGGGUAUUCAAGUACCACGAAGGGUGGUUGAGGAGCUUUGUCGGGAGCUUGACCUCACUGGCUGCCAAGAAAGGAAGACACACCGUUUAAAGCGUCGUGAAUACAGGAAUCCUGGUCCAAAUUUUGCAUGGCACACGGAUGGAUAUGACAAACUGAAGACAUAUGGUUUCCCCAUACAUGGAUGUAUUGAUGGAUUCAGUCGAAGAGUCAUAUGGCUGAAGGUGUCAAGAAUAAACAAUGACCCAGCAGUGAUUAGGUUUGUGCACUGA